UCUAGUUCUCAUUUAAAUUUUGUUUAAAUUUAUUUCAAAUCAACACAACAAUCGCAGCUGCUUUUCGUUUUCUUUCUCUAAAAGAAAAACAGAUUAUUUAUUAAUAUACGUUUUUUUAAUUUAUCAAUAAACUAUUAACUAUAUCCAAACUAUCGAAGAAGGAAGGAAGUUUAAAUCGAGUGGAAACUUUUGAAUUGCUACCCAAGGCUACUUGAAUAAAUCUUUGCAACAACCACGUAAAACAAUUCUUUUCGGACUCUGAACUAAACAGAAAUUUAAUGUAACAUCGCUUUUUUUGAACGUUCGUAAGAAAUUUGAGAGGAAACAAACAAAAAAUAAGCAAUGGAUGUAAACGAUAGCUUAUUCCAAGCCGUCCUUGAGGGCAAUGUCAAUCUUGCUAAAGAAAUUAUAACCACUUAUGGAUUAUCGUACUCCAAAACAUGGUCCAUGGGAUAUGCCUUAUUGUGUAUUUCUACUAAAAACAGACUAACAGAAAUUACAAAAUUACUUCUCACAAGCGGUGCCAAAGUGAACGACCCCGACGGCAAUAACAAGCGCAGGAAAUUCCUGGACACUCCGCUACAUUUUGCUGCCUUAAAUGGUCACUUGGAAAUUGUGGAAAUGCUUCUAGACAAAGGCGCUAAUAUUCAUGCAAAAAACCAAUAUGGUGCAACCCCACUGCAAGCAUCAAUAUUUCGAAAUAAGCUGGAUGUAGUUGAGCUUCUUUUAAAGCGAGGAGGUGCACCUUUAAAUGAGAAAAAAAGCAACGGCAUUACGUGUCUUCAUAGAGCCGUUCAAAAAGGUAGUCUGCGUGCAGUCGAAAUGCUUUUAAAAUACAAAGUCAAUGUUAAUGCCGUAACUAGAACAUACCGAAGAGAUGGCCAAACACCUUUGCAUUUUGCCGCUGAAAAGGGCAACGACCGAAUUGUACAAUUGCUGCUUAAAAACGGCGCAGAUGUAGAGGCUAAAGCCAAAGGACUUACUCCGGUCUAUUUUGCCGCACUAAACAGGAAAGCCAAGGUAGUCAAACAGUUAUUAGAACAUGGAGCAAAUGUUGAUGCCCAAGAUACAAUGGGCAAGACUAUACUCUUACUAGCUGUGGAACUGGGAAGCCUUAAAAUGGUGGAGCAUAUACUUAAUCAUGGACCCGAUUUAAACAACAAAUGGAACUGUAUCGCACUGACCAGAGCUAUUUUUGGUGCUAGGGAGCAGUACAAAUGUAUAGUCGAAAAACUUUUGGAGUACGGAUUCACUUAUGAACCCGACUACAAGUUGCUGCAGGAAGCUACCGAGAAGGGUUAUACAAAAAUAGUUGAAAAUUGCUUAAACAAUUUAUCGAAUGCGGAGAGCUUUUUAACUAAUCCUACUAAGACGACAACAUUACUACAUUCUGCAGUGCAGAAGAAACAAUAUGCAAUUACUGAGAUGUUGAUCAAAUUCGGAGCGAACGUUAACUGUGUUGAUGAAAAGGAUAAAACUCCGAUGUAUUAUGCAACAGGGAACGGGGAUAUAAAAAUGGUUAAACUAUUGCUGGCAAAGGAAGCCGCUGUUACAAAUUGUCCCGGACUGUUGAUAAACGCUGUUAAGCAAGAAAACAUAGAAAUGAUACACCUGCUCUUGAAACACAAAGUCGAUGUUAAGGAAGCUGAUAGUUAUGGGAGAACGGCAUUGCAUUAUAGUGCUCUAAAUGAAGUAAAUGAAUGCUUGGACACCAUUUUAUGUAUGGAAUUAAUGGGAAAAAUCAUGAAGGUUGGUAAAAUGCAAUCCCCGAACGAAAAGGUCCGGAUCGCAAAAAUUUUAAUCGACGCUGGUGCCGAUGUCAAUGCCAAAUCGAAAGACGGAAGAACCGCGCUUCAUUAUGCCUCCUAUAAUGCUUACCAUAAUGUGGUUAAACUUCUUUUUGAACACAAUGCAAAAAUGGUUGCCGAUAAUGAGGGCAUGCUGCCAUUGCACCUUAAUGCUUACAACGGCAAUGUUGAUAUUCUGAAAAUGCUCAUCAGCAAAGGAGCCGAUGUGAAUGCCAGGACUAAAUAUGGUACGACUGCUGUUCAUUUUGCAACUGAGGAAAUUAAAAUUGAAUUUUUGGAGUAUCUGUUUCAGCACGGUGCUAAAAUCGAUCAAAAAGAAGACGAUAAUGGUGAAACGGCACUUCAUGCCGCUGCUAGAAUUGAUUGUCUCGAUCUGUUUGAGCUUCUCUUAAAUUAUGGUGCGGAUAUUGAUUGCACUAACAAUCGCGGAAAAACAGCCUUUAACAUAGCAUCCCAAGGAGGCAACCACCGCAUUGUUAAAGCUUUGCUCGAAUACGGAUGUGUUAUGAAAAAUCAGAGCAAAAAGAGUUUCACACCAUUCGAAUCGGCUAUGAUGCUGGACAACGCUUUAUACAAGGACUUAUUUAAUCAUUUUGGCUCGGACGACGAUGAAGAUGAGUACUAUGGUUCCGACUACGAUUACUUCGAUUGCGACAGCGAUUACAAUGCCUACUACGAAUCUGAAAAUGAUGACUAUGAUUCAGAUAUUGACUAUUCUGAUUACGGAAAUAGCAUUUUUUCAAACACUCAAAUAACCGAAACCAAUGAAAUAAUUCAGCAUCAUGUGAUAAUGAUGAAGGCAGCUAAUUUGGAAGUAAAGGACGAAAAUAUAGAAACCAAGGGCACUUCCAGUAAAUUGAGUGAAUUCAAAAGCAAAUGCGAAGAAGAAGUCGAAAAACUUAAGUGUGAAAAAAUUUGUGCCCACACCAAUGUUACUUUCUAUGAUAUCUUAUCGAAGCCCAUCUAUAAUGUUGCUAUUUAUUUAAAAAAUCCUCAAAUUGUUGAAGCUCUCAAAAAAGUUGACAUUAAAAACCAAUUUCCAUUAUAUUAUGGUUUGAUUAAUGGAAAAACCAAAAGAGCAAAUAUCAGGAAGGAUCUUCUCGAUGAAGGUUAUGUAUUUUUCGAUUUGCUUUCAGAUAGUCUUAGGCUACCUUAUAAUUGCAUAGAAAAUAUAUGCAGCUAUCUGGGUGACAAGGAUUUGAGAAUUUUGGCUGAGGCAUCAAAGUCCAAUGGCCAACAAUAAGUUAAUAAAAACACAGAAUGUAUUGGAGCUCUUGAUAAAUGUUGAAACUUUCCAUUGUUUUCGGCUAAGAAAACAAAUAAAAUUGUUUAAAAGUUUUUAUUUUUGUUGAUUUAUCUCAAAGAUUUCAAUGUUAACGAGUUUUAAGAAAAAGUUCCAUUUUCUUUAAUUUCUUUUGUUUCAGUUUUCAUUUUUUAUUUUCAUAAAUCGUUAUGUGUAUAAGAUUGACGUUAUUAAAGUUAAACUUAACAAUAUAAUUGAUUUUUGUACUUUUGUAGUUUUAGAAAUAGAGUUUUCAUGUUUUUUGUUACAUUCGAAUAAUAAUUGUGAAUUUAAAUAAAAAUGAAUUUAAAAAAAGCCAUAAAGUUUAUUAAACUUAACAAUAUAAUUGAUUUUCAUACUUUUGUAUUUUAAGAAAUAGAGUUUUCAUGUUUUUUGUUACAUUCGAAUAAUAAAUAAAUAAAAAUGAAUUUUAAAA